AUGACGAAAGUCGACUUCACCGACCUGCUCCCCGUCGAGCUUAUCCUUCUCAUUGCUACACACCUGCCCGGCUCUGCCCUGCCGUCGUGUCUCCGCUCUUCUCGUCGCCUGCAUGAAAUUCUCCAGUAUGAGCUCGGCAAAAGGGUCAUAAAGGAACUCGGCGCAGACACCCUGCGCCGGGUGUCCCAGCACAGUCGGCUGGCGCCGCUUCUUAAGCAACUACUGGCGCCACCUUAUUCAUUGGAUCCAAACUGGAAAUCAAUCACCUGGCCAUUUACAGGCGAAACACCGCUUCACCGGGCGGCGCAAGACAACAACCUCGAAGGGGCCCGGAUCCUCAUCAGCGCCGGCGCGGACCUGGAGGCGGAAUGCGGCCAUCUCGGGAUGGUUGAGCUGCUCCUUGACGCGGGCGCGGAUGUCAACGCUUCUUUGGGCCCGCGGGCGAGCCCCGACACCGCGCUCUAUUUGGCCUUGUAUAUCACCUACCUUCCGUAUGCUGUCGAGAUGAUCGACCUUCUCCUGGCCCGCGGCGCAGCGCUAGAGCACCCGGGCCGGGACGGCACGCCGCUGGCUUGUGCGCUGCACUGCAACCCGCUCAUAGCCAAGGAGCUCCUCCUACGCGGCGCGGAUCCGGCGGCGGACGUGCCGCUGCGCCACCACUCCAACCGGAUGCCGGCCCGCGGGCCGCUGCUCUUCCGGCUCCUCGAGCUGCCCAACCCGAGUCCGCAGCGAAUGGCACGAUGGAAGCACUGGCGCGCGCCGCAUCCCGACAGGUUGGUGCGGUCUAUAUCCCUGCUAAUGACGUAUGGCGCGUGUCCAAUGCCGACGCUGCGGUUCGUCGAAGCGCACCUUCCCGUGUUGGCCGAGGCUGCGGGAUACACGGAGGGUGUCGCAGAGGACGAGAUGGAGAGGCAAAGGGCGACGCGGGAGGAUGGGGAGAAAGAGCUUCUUAAGGCAGUGCGGCAGUUGUUGCAGGACGCACAAGAGGGCCGGGCUGCCCUGCCAAGCCCCACUUAG